GUAAGAAUGGAAAAUGGAAAUCCACUUCAUUUACUAUUCUACAAUCGGCUGUCUUCAACAUUUUCUCUUUUUGUCUAUUGUUUACACUUAAGAGAAAACAUGGGAUUUCAUUUGAUUAGUGCUAGUCUUAAUUGACAAUCAUUUGUAUUGGAUGGUGGAUAGGAAAAAUAAUGAGCAACUUCAAGGAAGAUGUGUGUUUUUUUUCAGUUAUUUGUUUACAUUAUAAGACCUUUGUUUGAGAGUUUUUUCUCUUGCAACAUCAACUACCUCCCUCGGUUGAGUCAAGAAACUCCUUUCAUCAGCAGGGUUUGAAGUUCAUUGGAUACUAUUAUAAUAUCUCCAAGCAAACAUCUGAAAAAUUUGCAGGUUAAUAACAUAAAAAGAAGAUGGCGGAUGCAAUCAUACAAGUUGUAGCAGGGAAGCUGAUUGAUGCCCUGAAAGAGCACAGUGGUCGAGUACUUGAAUUUCGUAGCCAAUUCAUGGAGCUUAAAACACAGCUUGACUUCAUGAAAUCCUUCCUUGCUGAUGCUAACAAGCUCAAAAGGAAGGAGGAAACCGUGAAGACAACUCUAAGCAUGAUCAGAGAAUUGACCUAUGAUGCCGAGGAUAUACUUACUGAUUGCUUGCUCCGAGCUGAAUUUCGUGACCAUGUCUUUCGCUGCAACCAUUUCCUUCCACGAGAGAUGAUCUUUCAGCACCGAACUUCAAAAAGGCUCAAGGACAUCAAUGGACGGAUAGAGAAGAUGCACAAGGUCUUGAAAACAUAUUUAAAGACAAUCGGACAGCAAGGUGUCCAUGACGAUGUCAGCAGUGUGAUUCAUCGUCGAUGGACGUCGCCUGCUUUCGACGAAUCCAGCAUAGUUGGUUUGGCUGAAGAUACAAUGAAGAUUAUAGGGUGGAUUCUUCCAACGAAAAAACAGUUGCACCAAGUUGGGAUUAUUGGGAUGGGGGGAUUGGGGAAAACAACUAUAACCCAGAAGAUCUUUAACAACCACGCGAUCCUCGAACGAUUCGAAGAGAGAAUUUGGGUGUCCAUAUCUCAAACUGUGAAUGAGGAAGAAACAAUGAAGACCAUGCUGAAACAACUAGGAGAGGAUACGUAUGGAUUGGAUAUGGGUCAAAUGCUGCCCAAGAUUAAACAAGCACUUGAGGGUAAGGACUAUUUGAUAGUGAUGGAUGACGUUUGGAGUGUUCAUGGCUGGUGGGAAAGAUUGCUUGCUGGAUUACCCAAGAGGGAGGGACAGAGCAGUGCUGUAAUAAUCACUACCAGGAAAGAAAGUGUUACCAUUGAAAUGGGGGUGGAGAAAGCUCGAAUUCAUCAACCUCGCGUACUCAAUGAAGAAGAAAGCUGGGCAUUGUUUUGUAGGAUUGCAUUUUCUUCAGAAAAGGAAGCAAAGCAGCACUAUGAGUUGGAAGAGCUAGGGAAGGAUAUAGUAAAGAAAUGUUGUGGACUUCCAUUAGCUAUCAAGACCGUAGGAGGCUUGUUGAAAUCGAAAACUUUGUCGACUGAUGUUUGGAGACGAAUUCACAACAAUUUCCACGAUGAAUUGGCUACUAGAGAAGGUGAAAGCUCGGUUAUGGCUUCCUUACAAUUGAGCUACGAUGAGCUGCCAACUCGCCUCAAGCAAUGCCUGUUAUGCUUCUCCAUUUAUCCAGAGGACUCGGUGAUAAGUGCUGAGCAGUUGGUUCAUUGGUGGGUGGGAGAGGGUUUCGUACAGGGAAAAGACAGCCGGACUGCAAUCGAAUUAGCAUUUGAUUACCUCUCAGAGCUCAUCAGUAGAUGCCUGGUUGAAGUUGUGAAGCAGAGAGGGUUCGAUGGAAGAGUCUACACUUGCAAGAUGCAUGAUCUUGUGAGAGACUUGACCAUUAAAAUUGCUAGAGAAGAGUCCUUUUGCAGCUUUGAUGAACAUGGCAAACAAAGACCCAGCAUACAAUCUCGGCGUUUGGGUUUUACAGGGGAAGAAGAUGUGAAAUCACUGAAUAAAAAAUCAAAGCUCCGGGCGUUCCUGAUGAUGAACAGCUCUCCAGUUAGCCCCGAUAAGACCAUUCCACUGUUCAGAGUAAGGUCUCUUAGGGUGUUGGAUUUUUCUCUGAAUAAGCUAGAAAACAUCCCCAUUCCCAAACUCCUGCAUUGGAUCAUCUCUCUUCAACGCUUAUCAUAUCUGAACCUAAGAGGAGUUGCUUCCCUCAAGGAACUUCCACAGUUAAUCGGUGAUCUCCGGAACCUUCAGCUUUUGGUUUUGAAUGGAUGCAACAAUCUUCAAAAGCUUCCCUCGUCCAUCACAAAUCUGCAGAAGCUAAAUGUACUGGAUUUAGGGUACUGUCCUAUGAUGCGAUAUCUCCCACAGGGGCUUGGGAGGCUUUCAAAUCUUCAAGAACUCUCAGGAUUCACAGUACCAAGUGAAGCUGACGGGAAUGGGUGUCGUUUAGGUGAGCUUCAAUGGCUGUCAAAGCUUAAAGUACUGCGAGUAAAUAUAAACGAAGAAAGCGACAUUGCAGAAGAGGAACUCACUGUCCUUUCCCACCUCAAACAACUCAAGGUUUUGUCCAUCAACACAGAAGGAUGCGAGAAAGAAGAGAUUUUCAGGAAACUGGAUGGCUUAUCUCCUCCACCACAUCUUGAGGAGCUGUAUCUGAGGUAUUACCGUGGAGUGACGACGCCAAUGUGGAUGAAUCCCAAGUCACUUCGUGAUUUGCAUUAUCUUUGUAUCGAAAAUGGAGACCUGCAAUUCGUGCGUCCAAGCUUCGAGGGUGGUAAAACCAUUACAUGGAAAGUUGAGGGGCUUUGUCUCAAGUUCCUUGCUAGGCUGCAAGUGGAGUGGGAUUUGGUUAUGAGUGUGAUGCCUAGAAUAAGGUAUGUGGAAGUUAGCCAUUGUUACAUGCUGAAAUCAUUCCCCUGCAACACUGAAAAACUUGGGGUUUGGAGGAAAUGAGAAAGAACCAAGUUGCUAAUUCAAUGGAGGAGAUGAUCCACUUGGUCACAAGCCUCACAAGUUCUUACUGUUACAUCAUCAAAUAAUAUGCAGAAAUUAGCUUCAUAUGAAAGCUUACUUACAUAUUUGAAACUACCAAUAAUCUUCAAUUAAAAACUAA